GUGUCAAGGAUGUUUCAAGAGAUGUGGUCGCUCACAGAAACAACCGAUCAAACACCAUCUAAAUAACAUUGCUCAUCGUUUAACCGGCAGCACUUCAUUGUUGCUUCACACGUUCUCAGAGCCAACCUGCUAUCCGUUCCUUUUCCCUUAUUCGGAAUGAUUCUCCUGUUUAUAGCAAGUUUGGCUCAUCAAGCCUAUCCUCUGUUUAUGAUAAUCGUUCUCAGCUCGUAUCUGAUGGCAUCCUUAGUAAAAGUGAUAGGCGACAUCUUCAACAAAGGCGGGAGAAAUCAACAACGGCCUGGCAGCCCAUUUCGUGCAGAUGAAAUCAUGUGGUUUGAAGUUUUAAAAAGAUGUGACAAUGCCUCGCUACUCCGUGCUGAACUGGCUUGUCGACUGUUUCGUCGAAUUUUGACGACUCCUCAAUUCUGGAUAGAAAAAUGCGAGUAUGAUGGCGUGACACUGCCUUCCUUCAGCUGGAGAAAAUACUUCCGUCAAGAAGCAGACAACACGGACGAUGCUGGGGAUCCACCAGAACAUCAUGAGUUCGACUACAAAAGAAUUUGUUUUCGUCGACCUUUCGAACGCAACCUUGCUAUUGCUCUCACUGCCUCCUGUACGCUGAAUAGUUUGAAAAAGAAGGGAAUGGUGUUCAGAUCAGGCGGUGACGGAAUCCGAAUUGAAAAUCCUCCUGAGUACUGUGAGCAAAAUGAGGUUCCUGUCUGUUUUGCAACCAGUUAUCAAUGGUGUAGUCGCUAUUUUGAGAUCGAUUUGAGCAGAGCAGGAGUGCAGGACUGGGUCAUGGACCUUAUUCGACCAGAAAUCACGGUUCGUGAACGUUGCGCCUGUAGAGAAGAUUGCGGGGCAGAGUAUGAGCUUCGCGUACAUCUCAUGAAAGACGAUGAAGUGUUCGAUGAAAAUGUAAUCUUGCCGCGUUUCCGUGUGGCCGAGCGAAGUUGGGGACAGUGGGAAGGAGGUAAAUGUUGGGAAACUGUUGAACAUGUGCUCAAGGAAUACCCAGCUGGAAUGAGGAAACUGGGAGUUUUUAGUCGUGGGAAAGACACACAGUUUUGGGCUGGACAUUACGGUUCCAAAUGCUGA